CCUGUGAUGCAGCUUACUACCAGCCCAGCAGGCGAUCCAAAACCUCUCAGGACUUACGCCAGUUGUGACUCCUUCGCCCUGUUGACAGAAGCACGAAACUAUAUCCUGCAAAGCAACCGUCGACGUCUUUCUAUUAGGAACAUCUGUGCGACUGCGGACACGCAUAUGUCACCGUGCCUUUGUAGAACUCCAGGCGGCACAGACAAGAGUUUAAAACAGCCGCUUACAGGCUCGGGAAUGCCAGGCGAGUCGAGACGACACGCAUAGAAAUAGGCUGUGAAAGUGCGGUUAUACUGUAGGGACUCUAGCAGAGGGGCUUCUAAUCGGUCGAUGAAUAGUAACACACUCCCUGAAAGGCCCAUCCUGCGGGCAUAUAUCUCUCCGAGGGCUGUGGGCGCUGGGUAUACCCCCUGCGACAAAUAACGUGGGCUGACACUCUUGGGCUAGGGACAGGUGUGGAGAGUAGUAAUGGAUUUUGUAGUGCGCUUUACAGUAAAAGGCGUACAUAAUAGGUGUUGCGCAACGCUCCC